AUGAAGCGGCGCCGGGGGGCGGCCCCGGCGGUCCCGCCGCUGCAGCGCCCGGCCAUUCUUACUGGGCCCGCGCCGCCCCGCGCCUGGGGCUGGCUGGGCGCGGGGCUCUGGCCGGCGCUGCUCGUGGGGCUGCUGGCCGCCAUCGUCGCCUGGUUCUGGUACGGCGACAGCGACGGGCGAGACGAGGCGGCGGCGGCCGGCAGAGAGGGGCCCCGGCGGGUGAGCGCGGGGAGCGCAGGGGAUGCUGCGGCGGGCGGGGAGGGGUCUGCUGCUGCCCCGUCCGGCUCUUCGAAUCCGGGAGGGGAUCUGGCGGCUGCUUCAAGGGAGGAGCUCAACCAUGUUUUGGGCGAGCCUGUGGAGCUGGAGCGGCUGAUCCCGAAGCGCGGUGUCACGGAGCCGGGGGAGCAUCCAGCUGAUGUGGCCGGCAGCCAGGCAGGCGAGCUGGAAGCCCAGGUGGGACAGGCAAGUGGCGGAUGGUGCGUGAUGAACUUGGCAGGGGCCUCUGACGAUGAGUGUAAGGACAGGAGCGAGGAGCAGCCGUGUCAGCCAGCUGAGAGGAGGGACUUGGACCAUGAAGAGUGGGAAGUUGUUUCUGAGCACCUGGUCGAAGGGAAGGAUGGCAGCAUGGAAGACUCAGACAGCAAGGAAUGGGAACCAGGAGACUGCUGUGACGGGGACUGGAAAGCAAAGCGAGUUGCAGCCGUGCCGCCGAUGUUCCAGAACAUCCACGUGGCUUUCCGUGUGCACUACGUCACCCACUCCGAGGCACAGCUCAUCGGUGUCACCGGGGACCACGAGUGCCUGGGCCAGUGGCACAGCUACGUCCCCCUCAGGCGCGACAAGGAUGGCUUCUGGUCCGAAUCCAUCAGCCUGCCCGUGGACACCAGAGUGGAAUGGAAAUUUAUCUUGGUGGAGAAUGGCAAGGUCAGACGCUGGGAAGAAUGCGGUAACAGGACCCUAGUGACUGAACACGAAGAUCAAAUUGUUCAUCAGUGGUGGGGGUACCAUUAACGGGAAGGUGGAAGCUGCUGAUCUAAUGGCAGACCUGCCUAGGUGAACCACGGAGCCCCUAAACCUUAGCGGGGCUCCCCUUCUUCUCUAGGAGACCCUCUCGAGUGCAGAGUUCUGGAAAUCCCAUAUUGAGCCACCUAAGCAGCAGAUGUCUUUAGGAAAUCUUUUGGCAACCUGUAAAAUCAACUUUGAGUGCGUGCUGAAGAGACACAAGGUAGGCUAAGAAGGCACGAGCAGCAUUCCAAGCACCUGCCUGUCCAGGUGGAUCUGGACCCUGGACUUGAGUUAGUGUUGCUUUGAGUGGGGCUGUGGGAUGCAUCUUGGGCUUGGGAAGCGUACUGGGAGGUGUGGUUACCAGCACUGUAACAGGAACUUAAGUGUUUUAAUCUAUGUAAUGUAUUAAGGAAACAAUAAACAUUUUCAGAUUGACAGUUCAUUA